UGCAAAGUGCUUUCACGAAAUGGCAACCAUUUUUUUUCCCUGAGCCUUAAAAACAAACCCCCUCUUACUUCUCUUCUUCCCUUUCCACGAGCCUCACAAAGGGGGGGCGGGCAGUCACCUCCCUGCAAUGAUCGGAAAUAGAAACAACGCUAGACACUGGGAGACACAGACGUGCUGCUGCCCCCAAACCUGACAAGAAUACAGCAUUACAAAGAAGAAGCCAUUACGAACCACUACCCCACCCCCUCUCACAAACAAUAUGGAGUACAACCUGGAGCUGCAUGCUGAAAUGCCAGACAGCCUCCCGGUUUUUCUCGUGGCACUGGGCUGCAAAGGCAUUACACGCUUGGUGCAUUAGCAGAUUUUAAAAUAAAAAUCAGCUGGGAGUUAGUUGCAUGGGCUCAGUAGCUGCAUGAAAGCACAGAACUGCUGUGAACAUCAACUGCGUCACUUCUUCCCGACUGUAACAAUCCAGGCUGCAAAGUGUCCCUCCUUUGGAGGCAGCCUCCCUCAUUUUGGAUCUAUUUUCAGACCGUUUCUAAAGUAGCUGCCUCUCGUGGGGAAGGAUUUUGCAGCGCAUUUUAGCGAGACCAUUACAGGCUCGUUGUCACCGUUCUGAAAACAGUCCCUUUUUGUUUUUCGCGAGCCAGAGUCUUCAGUAAUUAGACGGAUAAACACGUAAGGGGGUUCCCUUUCGUCUAUUCGUCUUCUAAAAUCCUCCUUCCUAAGCUUACUGUUUGGAGGUAGCUCGGGGGGGGAGAGAAUUUAACAGCCAUGUAAUGCCAGCAUGGAUCCGCAGUCUCCUUCCACAAAAAGCAGAGCUGCUAACAAGCGCUUUGUGGAGAAAAAGAAAUCACCCUCUGAAAAAUAUAUAUUAAUAUAGUCUGUAUAUGUAUCGAUGACACAAGAACAAGAUAGCUACCGUUUUACAGACGAUCAUUAGGCUGUCUCUGUCCAGGACAAUAACAUUUGUGGAACAGGCCUGGGCUAUCUGAUUCUCUGCAAGGGCAAAAGGGUUUACUUACCCGCUCACCACUGAUGAAUGCAGUUCUGAAGGUGAAGUUGUGUUGUUUAGCUUUUUUAAAAACAUAUUUAUAAAUAUAUAGCUAUAUAAUCUGUAUCCCCACUUCUCUGGUAAAUUUGCAAGUCAAAACGUAUCUUGUUAAGACAUUUAGAGAUCUUUAUAUGGCAAUGGUGUAGCAUCAAAAAGCUAUAGAAAAUGUUGUCCAGUUAUGGUGACUGACAGUAUCGUUAGAACUUGUACUCGAGGUUUAAAUCUAGGUUCCUGUGACAGAUUUACGCUGUACAUUAAAAGGACAACCAGUGGCUUUCCAGACUACACAGAAACUCAAAAAUGUUUCCCCCGAAUAUUUUAGUCAGUACAGGUUAGUGUGAAAACACCUGGUUAACAUUUACUGUAUGUAAACAUUUUAAAAACAUCUCUCGCUAGAUAUUUUGCUUUAUAAAUAAAAUAUUUUAAAAGCAUCAAAUUGUUUUAGCUAAACAGACAAAAAAACAUAAGACAUGCAAAUGAAGGCUCAGAAAUAAGGACAACUCCAGUAACAUUAACAUGAAAACUACACUUAGUAAGGACAGAAUGGAUUGGGUACUUACAAUGUAAAAGAAAAAAAGUUUAUCAUAUUAAAUUUUUAUGCCAGAAUUCACUAUUCCUAAGUCUAUAUUUAAAACGUUACCUUAUAAGCACCAAAGGAGUUAAUAAAAAUGGCCAGGAAUUAAGUGUUUAAUACAGGAACUUUUUUAAAUUUAUUGUUCAGUCAUAAUAUAGUUCUAAAGCUUAAAAAACCCAAACAAAAAUAUGUAUUUACUUAUUUUUGAAUUCAAAAUUGUUACUGCUGACAUAAGGGUGUGCCAUGACCUAGUUACACAAGACAAAGAUGGAUUCCAAAUCAUAAGGAAAAAUCCAAAUCUUUUUUAUCUUCCUUCUUCAUUGAGUCCUUUAAAAUGUUGUCAGACAUUAAUACAACACUGAGAAGUCCUGAAAUGGAUGGUGUGGAUUCAAAUAAAGUAUCCCCUUUUGGAACAAAGGAAAACCCAGUUGGCCAUUUAAUUCCAUUGCAGAAAAAUGGCUGCCUGAUCUGUUGGCCUCUCCUUAGCUGUCUGGUGAAGGAUGUUUUUAGAUCAGCGUCUAAUAACUCAAGCCAAAUGGAAGCUGCGCGCUGAUUGGCUGCGGGCUCCUGGUGCCUUUAACCAGCCAAUUACCUAACCACGGCCAAAUUACAAACCAAAAGCACAAGAUGAGCUAAAACAACAUGAAGCCCAAAGCCAGGCGAGACGCUCCUCGCCCAGGAAAAGAGGCAAAAAGAGAGAUCCCCAGCUGCCUUUCACCGCUAAAACAAAAUGGAAGCUCCACGCUGAUUGGCUGUUGCAACCCCAGGACCUUUAAUAAGCAAAACUGCUACUUUCUCCCCCUUGUUCCCGUCCUGUGCAAUGGACACAUUGUAACAACGCGGCUCGCCAGCCAGCGGGGCUCGGUGGGGCUGCGGGGAAACACUGUAGCAGGGGGGCAGAAACACAGCUAUUCACCCCGUGCCCCGGGCUGCUCCCUGGCUGUCCCUGCAAGGCUCACUGAGUGCCCCCAAACUUGUCCCACCUCUGUCCAUCUUGUUUAGAAACAGUUUGCGCUAAGGUAAACGCAGCCCGCAGAUUCCAAGGAAUUUCCUGCAUGCAAUUAAAGCGGGGGAAAAUCCCCUGCCGAGGCUAGCUGGGCUCGGGAAAAUGCAUGGCCCUUUAUUUCGGGUGGGGAGGUGCCAGGGCUCGGCGAGGCUGGGGGCUUCGCGGCGCGCUGCAGCUGCUGUGAAUGUGCCUUCGGUUGAGGGCGGUUAGCCAUUAGCCGAGCUCCAUAGUGGUGUAUUGUGGGAUGCCUGAGAAGCAAGCAGAAAGCACACACACAAUAUGUGUUGGCUCGCAAAAAAAGGAGGCAGGAGCCUUUCAAAAGCAAUGUAAUGUAACCAGCCAAAUGUGAAAAGGAGCUCGCCUUUCGCUGCAAGGAGACGAUCGGCCACCUCACACAAUGUCUUUCAAGGAGAUCAAGGCAGGGGAAAAAGCCAAGCACCCAGAAGAUCAUGGCAAAAAACAGAGUUCAAGUUGGAUCAACGGAAUGGAGAAUAGCACACAAGCCAGCACUUCUGUCGAGAAAAGAAAUCACCACUGGAGAAGUUACAAAUUGAUUAUUGACCCAGCUCUGAAAAAAGGACAGCAUAAACUCUAUCGUUAUGAUGGGCAAAAUUUUAGCAUGCCUAACUCGGGAAUUGCCCCAGUGGAUUGUGUCAGAGAUCCCAGGAUAGGAAGAAUAUGGACCAAAACCAAGGAGUUGGAGCUUUCUGUUCCCAAAUUCAAGAUUGAUGAGUUUUACGUGGGGCCAGUGCCCCCCAAGCAGGUAACCUUUGCCAAGUUGAAUGACAACAUCCGUGAAAACUUUCUGACCGACAUGUGCAAGAAAUAUGGUGAAGUGGAAGAAGUAGAGAUUCUCUACAAUCCCAAGAAUAAGAAGCACCUGGGCAUUGCCAAAGUGAUCUUUGCCACAGUGAAGGGUGCCAGGGAAGCCGUCCAGCACCUGCACAACACAUCAGUCAUGGGCAACAUCAUCCACGUGGAACUGGAUACAAAAGGUGAAACCCGUAUGCGGUUCUAUGAACUGCUGGUUAAUGGUCUUUACACUCCGCAGACCCUUCCUGUAGGCAAUGAGCAGGAUGUCUCGCCACCUGUGAAUGAAACUCAGCAGGUACAGUGUGCUUGGUUGACUGAUUCUGUAAAACGUCUGAAAGACAGUAACCUUUCUUCUGCGGGAUCAUCCAUUACCCCAAACAGUAGCACCCCAUUUUCCCAUGAUACAGCCUAUUCCAGCAGUCGGCAAGACACCCCAAACUCGUAUAGCCAGUAUACCCCACAGUCCCAAGGAACCCCACUCACCCCACGACUGGGGACUCCGUUUUCCCAAGAUUCAACCUAUUCCAGUCGUCAAACGACACCAGCUUACCAUUACGGACAGGACUCUGGGUAUAAACCCAGGAGACAUGAAACAAAAUUUACAGAUGCCUAUAAUAGACGACCAGGACAUCACUAUGUCCAUAACUCGGCAGGUGUUUACAGAGGGUCAGAACAUCAGUUUAGCACGUUCAAGUCUCAUCAGCAAGAGCCAGUACAAUAUUCUCACACUCCUCCCUUGAGCCACUCUGGUUCUUCAAGUUAUAAAUCUGCCUUCUCUCCAUACCAAGCACCAGCUGUAUUUCCCCCAUCUGAUGAACAGCAGUAUCCCCAAACUUCCAGAGACACCGAGUACCGGAGACCUGCCCCGCCUCCAGCUGAGAUCUUAGUAGAAAGUAGUGCUGCUACGAAUAUUGAUUUUGUUCCUGUGAAAGAAAAACAGGAGGAACUCCCAUCCCUGCCACAGUCAAACUGUCUUACCGAACAAAGUACAGCAUCCUUUUCUCAGACUCCGGAAAGGAGUGAGACACCUGGCACCCCAACCAUGGAGUCUGAAAUGCAGCAUAACAGUUUAGACUCAAGGAUUGAGAUGCUCUUGAAAGAGCAGAGAACAAAGUUACCUUUUCUCAAUGAACAUGAUUCGGACAAUGAGAUCCGAAUGGAAGGUAGCCCUAUCUCUUCCUCCUCCUCCCAACUUUCUCCUAUCCCAUUGUAUGGCUCUAACUCUCAGCCCAGUUAUAGAGCUCAAACCCCAUCCUCACGUCCCUCCAGCACUGGCUUGGAGGACAUUAGUCCAACACCGUUACCAGAUUCUGAUGACGACGAGCCAAUCCCUGGGACAGCUCCUCUGAGUCAGAAUUCAAGAGGAACGUCAGAGGCCAGUAUGACUCCUAUUGAUCAGCUGAGUAGGACAUCCAAAGCUGAGACUUCUGAGACUAAAGAAAUGCUGCCUGGUGACCAGACACCAACAUCAGAAAAAAUGGAUGAGGGUCAGCAUUCUUCAGGGGAGGACAUGGAAAUAUCUGACGAUGAAAUGAAUUCUUCACCAAUCACCAGUGCAGAAUGUGCCAAAACUAUUGUGGUGAACUCCUCUGUUAGCAACUCUGCUGUGAUGACUCAGUCGAUACCCAUGCCUCCACCAGGGUUCCCUCCACUUCCACCCCCACCCCCACCCCAACCAGGCUUUCCAAUGCCGCCACCUCUACCACCACCACCUCCACCAACUCAUCCAGCUGUCACCGUCCCACCACCUCCGCUUCCUGCGCCACCUGGGGUCCCACCGCCUCAUAUCUUGCCUCCACUUCCUCCAUUCCAUCCUGGCAUGUUUCCUGUCAUGCAAGUGGAUAUGAUAAAUGUCCUGGGCAACCAGUGGGGCGGCAUGCCAAUGUCCUUUCAGAUGCAAACUCAAAUGCUGAGCCGCAUGAUGCAGGGGCAGAACACGUACCAGUACCCACCUUUUAUGGGAAGCCGGAUGCAGUUUGUGAAUCUUCCUCCCUACCGUCCCUUCUCGAUGGGGGCAGCUAUUGGCCGGGGGCAGCAAUGGCCGCCGCUGCCCAAGUUUGACCCCUCGGUCCCACCACCGGGUUAUGUGCCGAAGAAGGAGGAUCCGCACAAAGCUACUGUGGACGGUGUCCUCUUGGUGAUUGUGAAGGAAUUAAAAGCAAUUAUGAAAAGGGACUUGAACCGGAAAAUGGUCGAGGUGGUAGCAUUCAGAGCCUUCGAUGACUGGUGGGACAAGAAAGAACGUCUAGCAAAGGCAUCGCUCACUCCAGUGAAGUCUGGCGAAAAUAAAGAUGAGGAAAAACCAAAGCCAAAGGAUCGAAUUACAUCCUGCCUCCUGGAGAACUGGAACAAAGGAGAAGGGCUAGGCUACGAGGGAAUUGGUUUGGGCAUUGGGUUACGAGGGGCCAUUCGGCUGCCAUCUUUCAAGGUGAAGAGAAAGGAGCCGCCUGAAGCUGCCUCAGCAGGAGAUCAGAAGAGAAUCAGGCCCUCCACCUCUGUUGAUGAUGAAGAUGAAGAGUCAGAAAGGGACAGAGACAUGUCUGAUGUUACUUCAGACCUGUCUAAGAAGGAUGCAGAAGCAGUAGGCCUCCGAAGGAGACCAGCAAGACCAUUGGAGCUAGACAGUGAGGGGGAGGAAGGAGAUGAGACUUCAGGUAAAGAAGAAGAAUCCUGUUCUGAAAAGGAAGACGAGCAGGAGGAAGAGGGAGGAUUGGUGAAAGCAGCACCUGGCAAGGAGGAAGACGAGGAGGAGGAGGAGGAGGAAGACGAGGAAGAGGAGGAGGAAGAUGCUGACGAAGAGGAGGAAGAAGAUGAAGAUGAAGAAACAGGAGUAGAAACAAGUGAAAAGGAAGAUGAGCAGGACUCUGAAGAAGAAGAUGUAGUGAGUCCCACAUCUUCCAAAGCCGAAGCUGAAUCAUCAGAUGAAAGUGAGGACUCCUCAGAAUUUGAGUCGAGUUCUGACUCGGAUGAGGAAGAGGAGGAGGAGGAGGAGGAGGAGGAAGAGGUGGCGGCUGAAGACCAAGAUAGAGAAGCCAUGGCUGCUGAAAUAGAGCUUGAGUCUGCUAGUCAUGAACUAGCAGAUGAAGAAAAAGAGACCAUCCUGGAGCUGUUUCCAGUGGACGACUAUAUGGAAGCAACAAGCCUGGCACUAGAGGCACCAGCUAUGGCAGUAAAAGAGGAAGAGAUGGAAGAAACCAAGCAACGGGAAGAUGAAAGUAGUGAAGUGCCAGAGGAAUCUACUGCUGCUGAAGGUUUGGUGGUCACGGAGAGAGACCAGGAAGUAAAGCUAAUGCCGUCCCCUAUAGGUGUAGCAGUGGAAGAGUCUGAACUGGAUAUUGAGCUGGAGUCUAAGGUAUUAGAGGGUCCAAAGCCUGAAUCUCAAGAUGAAGAAGAGAAUCUCUGUCUCCCAGCACCAGUGGGGGUAUUUGAAGAACCUCUACCCAGUAAGAGUCGCUUCUUCAGUAAGUCUGAUGAUAGUGACUUAGAAGCCCGAGUUACAGGAAAACUACUAUCCACAGCAGAGGAGGAGGAGGAGAGACUGCCUUGGACUCCUGGACGGGACAUAGCGGUCCAUUCGGAUUCUGAUACUCCCAUACUUCCACCGCAUAAGGUGCCACCCUCUACACUUCCCCUUCCAACAACGCCUAGUAAAGAGGAACCUUUACUCCCUCCAGAAAAUUUCCCUGAACAGUUAACUGUGACCAAAACAGCUCUGGAAGAGGAGCUUCCUAGGACUCCAGGGCGGGAUAUUAUGGCCAAGUCUUCACAUGGCUUUGCAAAGUCACAGAGUACAGACACUAUUCCAGCCACCCCUGGAAGUGAUGCUCCUCUUACGGGAAGCAGCUUGACUUUAAGUUCCCCUCAAGUCCCAGGCAGCCCUUUUUCAUAUCCAUCCCAGUCUCCUGGGAUUAAUAGUGGCAUUCCUCGGACUCCUGGGAGGGAUUUUAAUUUCACGCCUACUUUCCCAGAGCCUGGUGCAACUCUUCCUUGCCUUCUGUCUGGCAAGAAACCAUCAGAAGAUGAGCCAGAGGAGAAAUGUUUUAAAGAACCUCUUAGUGCUUCUCGAACGGUCAGCAUGAACAGUGUUCCCUCCCCAAUUCCCUUUGCUAGCCCUCCAGAAACUGAUUUCCACACAGACAUAGAUUUGCCACCUGACGAGCCAGUAUCUGUAGCAGCCCUGCCAUGUGUGCCAGUGGAUGGAAAGACAUCCAUAGAGGAGAGCAAGGUAGCCGUGAAAUCCGUUUUGCUCUCCCCAGAAGCGCCUACUGUCUCUCUUCCUCUCCCUCUUCCUCCUACUCCUUCCUCUCUGCCCACCAAAAGGAAACCGGGCCGGCCGAAACGAUCACCUCCUUCGGUCCUCUCGUUGGAGGCCUAUCCCAGCAAAACUUCAGAACCUCCUCCUGUCCCAGUUGCCUUGACUGAAAGUGCUGUUAGCAAAGAGUUGUUGGGUGGGCAUCCUGAUGCUUUUUAUGGACUGAAAGAUCCUGAAGCGGUCACCCUAGACUUCAGGAAUGACAGCUUCCACGAGAAGGUAACCCCGGAGGCCAUAGCAGAGAAACUUCCAUUUAAGGAACUAGAGAAUCAGUGGAAUGAGGACUUCAAAGAAGAGGAGAUUCACGUGAAACCUAAAAGACAGUGGCGGAGGCAGAAAAAGACACCUGAGGACAUCCCAGUGAUUCCUUCCCCUGAAUAUUCUCCACAUCGGCCCCACUUUAGGCCCCGCUCCGAGUUCGAGGAGAUGACCAUUUUGUAUGAUAUCUGGAAUGGAGGAAUAGAUGAGGAAGAUAUCAAGUUCAUGUGUAUCACGUAUGAUCGCUUGUUACAGCAAGAUAAUGGUAUGGACUGGCUCAACGAUACCCUUUGGGUAUACCAUCCUUCUACUAGCUUUUCUACCCCGAAGAAGAAGAAGCGGGAUGAUGGCAUGCGGGAACAUGUUACAGGUUGUGCACGAAGUGAAGGCUAUUACAAAAUAGAUAAGAAAGACAAACUUAAAUACCUCAACAAUAGUCGUGCAUUUGCAGAGGAGCCGCCAGCUGAUACACAAGGAAUGAGCAUCCCUGCCCAACCUCAUGCUUCCACCCGGGCUGGCUCUGAGAGGAGGUCAGAGCAACGCAGGCUUCUCUCAUCCUUCACUGGUAGCUGUGACAGCGACCUACUCAAAUUUAACCAACUGAAGGUCAUUGCAGACAUGCGAGAGAAACGAUACGAGGAUGAAGGCAUUGGGAGCAGUUACAUGUUCAGGGUCGACCAUGACACCAUCAUUGAUGCAACAAAAUGUGGAAACUUUGCCAGGUUUAUUAAUCAUAGCUGCAAUCCAAAUUGUUAUGCUAAAGUCAUCACCGUGGAGUCUCAGAAGAAGAUUGUCAUCUACUCCAAGCAGCACAUCAAUGUGAAUGAGGAAAUUACUUACGACUACAAGUUUCCGAUCGAGGAUGUAAAGAUCCCAUGUCUGUGCGGCUCUGAGAACUGCAGGGGGACCCUGAACUAAUCCCGAGGCUUCUCGUCACACUUGCACCUUCGGCCAUGUCAGAACUGCAGUAACCAGGUGUGGUUGCACUUUGCCAAAAAAAAAAAAAAGAAGAAGAAGAAGAAGA